AUGGACGAGGAAACCCGAACUGAGUACGACGUUAAGGCCAAAAAUGUGCGACUGGAUUUGAAGACGUGGGAAACACAAUGGUUGGAGAAGCACGGGAAGAAGCCAGGUCGCGAGGACAUCAAGAGCAACCCCGAGAUCAGCCCUACACCGCAACGAGAUGGCAAGGUGCUUGGACUUUUCGACUUGCUCGGCGACGAGGCACAAACGCCUUCCAGGGACAAGGUGCACAGCACACCCAGCAAAAACAAGAUAUACGCCACGCCUAGCAAGAAGACCUCGAGUCUGGAUCUCGCUGUCACGCCGAGGAUGGGAAGGACACCAAUGUCAGACAGCAAACGAAAGUAUCUUAAUACAUUCGUGUCACCAGUGAAACCGGGCGACGACACUCAGAUGACCGCAGCGACUCCCUCUAAACUUCAUUUCGACACACCUCAAUUCCUUCGACGACAUACCCUGUCUACCGUUGACGAGAAUGGCGAGUUCGACAAAGUAGCGCCAUUGAGGCUGCCGCGAAAACAGUUUGGCAGAGGCCUGAGUGAGAUAGUGGCAAGCCUACGAAAGGUGGAAGAGGACAAGGCAGACGAGGACCUGGAGGCGUUACGGGACAUGGAGGCAGAGGACUCGGGCCAGCCAAGACCAGUUGCGAAACCUGAGCCAGCACCGGAAAACAUACUUGUUGGGGACAGCCAAGCCCAUAACCUCCCACUUGGCGGCUUUGAUGACGUGGAUGUCUCCGAAAGCGAUGGGCACGAGGGCAAAGAUCGGCAAGGACAGCCCAUGAGGAUAUUCAAGAAGAAGGGACAGAAGAGGACGACCAGAAAGGUCAAUAUCAAGCCGACAUGGAACAAGCGACCCACGGCACCAGUCACGACCGUCGGCGUUGAUGAGGACGAUGAGGAAGUCGUUCCAAACACUCAACUCAACGAGGGCGAUGAGGACUUUGGGGAUAUUGUCAGCUCCGCCUCCGAAUCCGAAUCCGAGAAGAGAAAGAAGAAGACGAAGAAGAAGGUGGAGAAGAAAGAGGGCACCGUGAAAAAGGCCGCCAGAAAGGUCAAUGAGCUGGCACAUGCCAACUUCCAGAGACUGAAGUUGAAGAACAGCGGCGCCAAGGGUGGACCAGGGCAGAAUAGCCGGUUUCGGAGGAGACGAUAG